GCGCCCCCGUCCCCUUAUUUUCUUUUUCUUUUAUUCUUUUUUUUUUUUUUCUCCUUUCUUUCCCCCUUUCUUAAUUUUUUUCCCCCGCAUCUCGCCUCGUUGCGCUGCCGGCCGGGCGGAGAUGCCGCACGUGGAGAUGCUGCUGCUGGCGGCCGCGGCGCUGUGGGUGUGCGUGCGCGGGCAGGAACCCGGCGCCAAGGCGGUGGCCGACCGCUACGCUGUCUACUGGAACAGCUCCAAUCCCAGAUUCCAGAGAGGCGACUACCACAUCGAUGUCUGCAUCAAUGACUACCUGGAUGUGUUCUGCCCUCACUAUGAAGACUCAGUGCCAGAAGAUAAGACCGAACGCUAUGUUCUGUACAUGGUGAACUUUGAUGGCUACAGCUCCUGUGAUCACACUUCCAAGGGGUUCAAGAGGUGGGAGUGUAAUCGGCCGCAUUCCCCAAAUGGACCAUUGAAGUUCUCGGAAAAGUUCCAACUCUUCACACCCUUCUCACUAGGAUUUGAGUUCAGGCCAGGCCGGGAAUAUUUCUACAUCUCUUCUGCGAUCCCAGAUAAUGGAAGGAGAUCCUGCCUAAAGCUUAAGGUCUUUGUGCGACCAGCAAACAGCUGUAUGAAAACUAUAGGUGUUCAUGAUCGUGUUUUCGAUGUUAACGACAAAGUAGAAAAUUCAUUAGAACCAGCAGAUGAUACCGUACAUGAGUCAGCCGAGCCAUCCCGUGGUGAGAACGCGGCACAGACACCAAGGAUACCCAGCUGGCUUUUGGCAACUCUAUUGUUCCUCCUGGCAAUGCUUUUGAUAUUAUAGCAGAGUAUGCUCCGGCAACCUGUCGCAGAAAAUAUCAGGGUCUUGGAACAUCAAAGAUCCACCUAACUGCUCAUCCCAGGAAAGGGACUUUAUUGUUUUUGCAGAUGUCAAAUUGUUAUUUUUCCCUUUUCUUCUCCCUUUUAGCCUGAACUCAGCAAAAAUUUGAAGGGGAUAACUAGCUUCAGCACCCACCCCUACCUACCCUGUGACUUUCUUAACCCCUCCAUAUAAAUAAAAGGACUCCAAAUGAAAAUGCCAAACUAUAAUAGUGACACUAGUGAUUCUUAUUUUCCUCUGCAUUCUCCUUUAAAAAGUCACCUCUGUUAGCUCACUGUGUCAUCCGUAUGUGGACUAGGAAGAAUAGUGGCAGAUACAGUCAGUGAGGGAUAAGGAAAGUGAGUGAAAACCUGGGAGAGUCUUUCUCUGUGAUACAAUAUUUAUGCCUUCUCAUUCAGCACUGUAGGAUGAUCAUGCAAGGCAUUGUGUCACCAUGUCAGGACUGGAGGGGAAAUAUUAAGAGUAGACAUAAUAUAACACCCUUACCUCCAGGAGUUUCUAAAUGAACUGGCUUCUGAAAGGGAAAGAUGAUGUUUCUUAUAGGACUGUCUUGAAAUGUCUUUGACAGUAAAAUUUGUGCUCACAAGUAGUAAUGCUGUCUUUGGUGAGAGGAAGAAGUUUAGUAUUUAGGAAUGUUAGCAUACAACAGGCAAGGUCAGAUUUAGGAAACUUCACUGGGGGUGUGAGUGCCUCUGUUAUUUCGUUUUAAGGGGAUAAUGCACACCGGAUUAUUUUAUUUUAAAACAAAUCAACCGUGGUGCUACAAUUUUUUCUUGAAAUGCAGAGGCACUUUUGAGAAUAAAGUGACCUUCCCCAGCACUGACUUAGUAGCUGAUAGCCUUGGAUGCUGCUCUGGGUGUUAAUACAUGCUAAAAGAGGACAUCGGUGGCCAGAUGAAACAUGUUUGGGACACAGGAUCUUCAGUGUGCUCUUGAUUUGUCUCUCCUGCAAGUUCCUCAGUCAUGGGAAUAAACCACAUGUAGAAGAAGCCAGGGCACUCUAAUAGCAUUGUUUGGUGGGGGGAAAGAAAAGAAGUGUGGAAUAUGAAUUCAAGUGUUGAUUUUUGUCUUUUCACCUUCCAGCACAGUUUGAAGAGUAGAGGAAACAUGUUUAUCAACCAGAGAUAAACUAGAUGGGCUCCCAAAGACUUAACAAAAUAUUUUUUUAAAAAUCCACUAGAAUAGAAAAUACAUUAUUUAGAUAUACUUUAUGCUGAGAGUGAGUAUAUAUGCUUGUCCUGUUCAAACAUGUGAGAGAAGUGGUAACCCUUGAUGCAAUUAGCAAAUGGGACUGUCUUGUUGAUGGAAUUAGGUAUGACCUUGUUAAGGAAUCUGAGCCUUGGCUGACACAAAACUUUAAAAAGUAGUUUGCCAGGAAGUGCAAGCCUUGGAGUGCUUUUUGGCUUGGCUACCAUGGAAUUUGGAUGCUAAGCUUAAUCAGUGAAAUUUCAGACCCAGACUGAAACAGAGCUUUUCUGACAAAAACUGUGGUAAUUACAUUAAAUGUGAAACAAAACACGGAGUGCAUUCAAGCAAAAUAAGAUUUUUCCAUAUUAAUUAUGAAGAAAAAGUCUGCCGUAACAAAAUUGAGUGAUGCCAUUAAUGAACAGCACUUCAUAGGCUUUGUUUUUUGUUUGUUUUUUUUUUUUUUUAAUGCGAAAAGCUUUCCAGGAGUUGAAGCAGGAAAAAUAAAUUUGAGAUUUAAAGGGAGGUUUUAUGCAUGCUGAGCUAUGACCUGGGCUUGCCUGAUAUCGAACAUAUUCAUUAAUGCAGGGCCUGUACUUACAGGAGGAAAGCAGGAAAUUUGCUCUAGUAUGAAGUGCACAGGAUAAAGAUACACAGACCAAACAGUGAGGGAAGUCAUCAUCUCAUUACAGGCUGUCUGGUACUUUGCUCUCUUUUGUAUAUGCUUGGUACACACACUAAUACUUCCUGAAUGUAGGAAUUAUAAGGCUUUGGAUGAGGUGAGCUUAUUCAAAAUACACCUUAUCAAAUGGAUUAUUAACCAGAGUACAGAUAAUAUUGCAUGAUGUGUAACCAUAUUAAAAUGAUUCAUAGCAAUUGCAGGCAGUCAUACCAGCAGUGCCAAUUUAAUGUAGGAACAGUGACUUCAUUUGUCAUCCUUUGUCUCUGAAUGAUGUUGGAGUUGAAGACAUACAUUUAUCCACAAAGGAUUGUCACUAGUGUUACUCCUGGUGAAACUCACCCCUUCAUGUUUUCACAGAGCCUUGCUGGGUAGGUGAGGGACAACACAAAUGAUGUGGCUGCAUGGCAGAUCCCAGUGCUGCCUGGCAUGGCGUGGCUGGGAACAGCGUACCAGACUCUGUCAGACAGUUUGAUACUUGAUGGCAUUAGGCAAUCCCAGUCAUACCACGAUACAUAAAUGUUGGUGGGCUUUGUAUUGCAUUGCAAAUCUCUAGAUGCUUUAAAUGCAGAUGUUGCUGCAAAUUGAGGAGAUUUUUGCUUCCUUACCCUUUAUCUGCCCCGGCUCAAAUCUGAGGUACUGAUUCUCCCUCAGCCUAGGUGGGUUACUUAUGCCCAUGACCUGCAGUCCUGGCUGCCAAGUGCAUUGCAAUGUGAAGCAGGCAAAAUAGGGAUCAGUCAGUUUAGUGGAUACUGUGUAUCCUUCAGUAGACAAGGUAACAUUUCGUGUUAGUUUAGAAUAUUGUUUUGUACUGUACUUACUUGGAUGGCGAAGGAAAGACAAGUAAAACUUAAAGCUAUGUUCUUUAAAUUCUGUAUUAUUAGCAACCUCUGUUGUAUAUAGUGUUUGAUAAUAAAGUAUUAAUUUGAUUCUUAUGUCUUUUGUAAGUGAGAACAAUAGACUUUCAGGAUAUAAAAAUCACGUGUUGAUUACAAGACAGAGCUUUGAAGCAUCAAGUGUGAUCAUGGCUGAGAACUGAGAGACAAGUGGCCAUGACACUGCAGCAUACAGGACUCAUCUUUGAAAAUCGUUCAUCUGUUGCAAGACUUCACAAUGUCAAGACCUGGAACAACAUGACUUUUGAUGAUCAGUGUUUUGUCCUCAGUGUUUAAAGGUCUGAUGUUGGAGCCCUGUGGUUUAUGUGUUAGUUUUUGUUCUUUUGUAUCAUGUUUGUUUCUAAAAAGGCUUUGGGGAUAUAACAACUUUUCUGUUAUUUUGUUUGUUUGUUUCUUUUUUAUUUGUAUUUUUUUCCUCCUGUUUUUCUUCUGGUUUUGUUCCCAUGAGUAGUUUUUUCCGGAAGGGAUCUUGCCAGUGUCAUUUGCGAUAUGUGUAUGUACUUGGUUCCAAAAGAACUAGAAACAAAUUUGGGAAGUACUGAGAGUAGUUGAGUAGAUUGUUUCCUUUCCUCUGUAACUGUGGAAGGAAAAUGGUUGUAUUUGUACCCGUUGAUUCUCACCCCUAGCCCUCAAAACUGAACUUAAUCCGUUGCCUUAUGAGUGCAGUGGUUCAGUCACUUUCAGAGGCUUAGAGUGUUAACUCUUCCCCUCUUUUCAUUACACUUGGAUUUUGUAAUCACCAGUUUUAAUGUACAACCCUCUACACUUCUCUUCCCUCUUCCUGCCCUUCCUCCUCUCCCACCCUUCUCCUUUUUUAAUUUGGAGCUGUGAAUGGGCAGAUCUGUUUCUGGUCUGGCAUCACUGAGUUUUUCCCAUGCAUUCACCCUCGAGCUUCUCGAAUGUGAGACAAAUCUCCCUACAAUAGGCUUGCUGCCAUUGUCUGUACAGUUUAAUAGAUGCUGGCAUGUUGGAGGUUACCCAUGAGUCUGCGAAAUCCGCUUACCAUGCUUACUCUUGACACCCCAUUGAAGACACUCAUUGUGUAUGCAUCUGGGUAUGAAAGUCCAGCUCAGUGUGGUCCUGUGCUUGUACUGCCCUGCUUUGCAGUUUCUUUGCACUUACUCAUUGAGUGCUGUUUUUGAAAUGCUUACAUUAUAUAAACUUAAAGGAAAAUGUUAAAAAAAAAAAAGGCAACAAAAUCCCUGCCCCAUAAGAUCUGUAUUUGUAUAUACACGUGUCCGUACAACUAUACUUAAAUAAAAUUAAAGAUUUUCAUC